UGCAACUUUUGGAACUAAAAAUACUGAUAAGAGUGAUAACAACUGAAAUAGGGGUCUAAUGCAUUGGGUUAUAUGGGAGAAUGCCGAAUUAUUGCAUUUUUUUAUAACUGAAAGAAGUAAAGACUUUUUUAAAUGUAAGUACCUUUAGUAGAAUUUCACGCUCUUUCAUAAAAUGUCAACAGAAAAAUUCCACGUGAAAUAAUUUCGGAGAUAUUGAAUUUCAAAGUUUGUGAUUCAGUGAUUACUGAGUAAUCACUAUGAUCAGUUUAAUUGAUUUAGCGCUUUUUUAUUUCUAUAUUCGUAUUAUUCGUGUAUUUUCAUGAUUUUUAAUUUGAUUGUUAGUUAAAUUUCAGUUUAAACUUUACAAAAUCUUUAAUGAUGAAAGAAAUUGAUGUUAGUGAAAGUGAUAGUGAAUGCUUUUAGAGCUGUUAUCUCUCUUACAAAACAACGAAUAUCAAAUAUCUAUUCAAAAUUAUGUACUCCUGUUUCACACUGAAAUAUAAAACUCAUUUUCACAGGUUGGGUAUCAACUAUUUUAAAAUAUUAUUACUAAAAUAUAGAAAAGAUGACGAAGAAAUAGAAUUUCAACAUUCUUUGAAAUUCAAUAUCUCUGAAAAUAUUGCACGUAGAAUUUUUCUGUUGACAUUUUAUGAAAGGGCGUGAAAUUCUACUAAAGAUGCUUACAUUUAAAUAAGUCUUUACUUCUUUCAGUUAUAAAAUAAUGCAAUAAUUCAAAAUUUUGCUAUAUAAUCCAAUACAUCAGACCCCUAUUUCAACUGUUAUCACUAAUAUCGACACUAGCGCUGCACCAGGGGUUGCAGCCUCAAUAGCGUUCGAAAACGAGUUCUUGCAACCAGCAGCGAUGGCGGUGUGGCAGGACAGAAGGCUUAGUAAUCGGAAGGUCCAGAGUUCGAUCCCCGCUCGAUUCCAAAUUUUUGAAAAUUUUUUUUUACCAUAAAUUUUUUUUCAAGUGUAUUUUAUUAAUAUUAUUUUUAUUUUUCGAAUAGUAUGCCGAAUUAGGCGAGGCGAAGCCGAGCCGUUCAUAAUUUAUAUUUCACUCGAUCGACAUUACUCCCCUUGGUGAGUUCAGACGGAGGCUGGACAUUUACCGUGUAUGUAGCACUUGCGGUUGUUUAUAAAAAAAUUGUACUCACGGAGGCCGAAGGCCGAGGGAAGUUAACCGACAUAGUAUGAACGACAAAGCGACCAGCGCAACCGAGGCGAAGCCGAGGUGAGCAGACACAACGCCCCCCAACACUAAAAACAGCAAUACAUACGUGAUAAAUAUCCCUUGUUGCUGAAAUGCAUGUAGGGAAUGGUAAAAUGCGUCCCCGCACCGCACCAACCCGGAUGGCGUUGUUUUUGUGUAUUUUUUUUUUUUUUUUUGUUGCAACUUGUAUUAUCAAAAAAUUCAAAAGUUUGAAUUAUUUUUUGUAAUAAUUCGAAUUUAAAAUAAUUAAUUAAUUAUGCUCGGCAUGAUUUUUGGCGUUUGUAGUAGAAUAUUUCGGCGAACAGAAUCGAAAAUUACCAUCAGGUAAUUGAUACGUACAAUGUCUUCGCUUAGAGCCGGCGUAGUGCGUAGUAAAAUCAGUACUUAUUGUACGAAUGCGAAAUUGCUUAAUCAAUAAAUCACUCGCGUAUUUUUCACGUUCAACGGUAAUUUUUCCAUCAACGCGAGCGAAAGGAAUCGAAGACUGUGUGCUAUUCUAUCCAUGUUCAGAAGAUCUUCUAUAUAUACGGUAUAGUAGGCUGAAAAAGCGACGAUGGCUGCGUCGUGUACACAGUGAAUGUUGUGAUACGUAGCUGAUAUCGUACUACCAUGGAUCGGUGAACUUGAAAAAUCCUACCAAAUGGCCUCGAUGAACGCUCCAGCAUCAGCGGAAUCGUAAUUCGUAAGUGACACGAAAGUAGAUUCAUUCGAUCGUUCCGAAACUCGCUGAAAUGUUGCAUUUAAGCAAUAGAUCCAGUUGAGCUAUAGCGAGCCGUAUGACUUGGUGGAAGAAGAAAUGGUAAAAAAGAAGCGCUUGGUUAGCGAUUCGGUUACAUUAUUCGUACGAGUUACGUGGCUGGUAUGUUUCGUCGUCGGCAGCAUGGUUUUAUACUCGGCGUUCAGAAGAGAAGAGCAAGCCUACAACAGACUAUUCGCCGAGCAAGAAAAAAAGUUCGAAUUCAAAGCUGUCCAUGUCGCGUGUUCGCCCAAAUAUCUAAGAGAUAUUAGCAAUUAUCCGGGAUGUAAACCAAAAAAAUGCGGAAGAUAUGUGAUGGAUAAUGUGGUAACUAGCAACGAGGUCGACGUAAUGCUAAAUUUGGUUAGACGUGGCUUAUCGUUCGGCGGAUCUUCCGGAGGAGCUUCUAUAUUGGAUCUACACACGGGCGCCAUGUCGAAAGGAGUUCAUUUCGUCAAUCUUUACAAACUACAAUCGCCGGAUAAAUUAUUCAAGGUUUCCGAAUUGCAAGUAUACAAAAAAGUACGAGAAAAAAUUCAAAAUGCUCUCGCUUCCAAGUUUGGAAUUUUACCAAACAAGGUUUAUUUAACGAAACCUACGUUUUUCUCACGUCUAACUAAUAAACCACCUCUAUCCGGCAACGACGAGUAUUGGCAUCCGCACAUCGAUAAGGAAACCUACCCUUCAUUCCAUUACACAACAUUACUCUACUUGAACGAUUACGGAAUCGAUUUCAACGGAGGUCAGUUCAAUUUCUUGGAGAAAGGUAAUUCUACCAGCGCUGUGCAGCCUAAAAAAGGACGUGUUCUAUUGUUUACAUCAGGCCACGAGAAUAUGCAUUUUGUCGAACGAGUUACACACGGUGUCAGAUUUGCCAUAACAAUUUCAUUUACUUGUGAUCCUAAAGAAGCGAUACCAGAUCCUUCAACCAAGUUGCGUUAAACGCAGCACUCUCGAUCUCGGUAUCAAAUGAUGCUGGCUAUAGUACAUACAAUGCGAAUGCAUGAUCGAGUACGUUGGGUACAGGCAAAGUGGUCAACCCUGUCUCGUGUCAGUGUAUAGUAUGUAAUUAAUUUUUUUUGGAUUCCGAUUCAAAAGAAAACUAAAAAACAAAAUUCUUUUUACGCUUGUUUUUAUUUCCUCGCUACUAGGUAUUUAUGUAUUUUGUUGUUCCUUCCACUUUAUCAUUUUUUAUGUACAAAAUGCAAGGUCCUGGUGUAGUAUUAAUAUGUCUGUGUACAUGUGAUACAAAUACUACACAGACAUGCAGUAUUACAUUCUCGUAUUAUCUACCUCUUAAGUUUUGUGUUGUGUACAAACUGAUUUGCGUGUUACAUUUUUCAUUUCUCAAGUACAAAUUAAUGCAAUGUGUAA